CCGUGGUAUCAAGAAGAAUCUUCGCGAGGAAGUACUUGAAAUCAAGAAUUAUCUUGGCUCAAGAUUAACUUCCUGGGAUUGUUUGGUUCUAAAGAAUAACAUACUCUUGGACAACCUGGACCUUGGGAAAUCGUACCAGAGGAAGAAAAGAGAUGUCUAUGCAUCUGUAACACCAAAUUACAAGCCAAAAUACAUCCAUCUUUCUUUUGAAUUCACAGCUCUGGCGCAACCCGAAAAGUUCAAGAGUUUUCAGCGACUUUUAUUUUAUACUCGGAUUCACUUUGAGUUCCUGUUUCGAAUCAGGCAGAUGGGCACCGGACAAUCGAGGCCUUUAUGCAAGGAACGAUAAUCUGAGGGUCGAUUUGACAAACCUUGGCACGAGCACGCCUAUCGCAAAGCGAUCCCCGGAGAGCCAUGUUCGAGUCCCUAACAACGUUGCCUCUGGACGCGACUGGCCAUCUAUAUUUAUCAUUCGAUGUUUAUUGUCGACAUAUAUGGAAGUCGAGAACUGGGCUAGACAAUGUUAAGGCUUGGUAUUCAUGCAAUCAGGCUAGCUUUCCAAGAGUUGACCCGGCUGGGUUUUUUGACUUUUUCAAAGGGGUAGAUUUGAGCACAAUGAAACAAGUUCUCAUAAAG